AUGGAAUCCAAACUGAGAGACAACCAAGCAGGCUUCCGACCUAACAGAUCGUGCAACUACGAGAAAGCGUUCGACUCAAUCGACAGGACUACACUGUGGAACAUCCUGGCUCACUACGGAAUCCCCUCAAAGAUAAUCAACAUGAUUAAAGUAUUCUACACCGACUUCCAAGCACAAGUAUCUCAUGAAGGAGACCUGACAGAGCCCUUCAACAUGGCCACUGGAGUGUGGCAGGGAUGCCUCUUGAGCCCGCUGCUUUUCAUAACGGCGCUGGACUGGGUGUUGAGAGAAACCACCAAAGAGGGAAGGUUAGGGAUUCAGUGGACUUUGACGACCAUGCUAGAUGAUCUAGACUUCGCGGAUGACCUUGCCCUCCUGAGCCAUACCAUCAGCCAGAUGAGACAGGAUACACAAAGAUUAGAACACAGCUCAGGUCAAGUAGGUCUGGUCAUAAACGCAAGCAAAAGCAAGGAGAUGCGAGUAAAAAUUCUGGGGAAUGCCAAACCUGUGUAUUGCAGAGAUACAGAGCUAGAGAUAGUGAAAGAGUUCACGUACCUAGGAAGCGUCAUCAGCAGUGAUGGAGACACAUCCAAGGAUGUAGAGGCACACAUAGCAGACAUGUCAGGGACUCAGGACACCAUAUUGGACUUGACACCACACCUGCAGCUAUCAGUUGAUGUGCGUGAGUGUAUCUCGGUGCACGUGGGCCAGGCCGGUGUUCAGAUUGGAAAUGCAUGCUGGGAGCUUUACUGCCUGGAGCACGGCAUCCAGCCGGACGGACAGACCCGGAGUGACAAGACAGUCGGCGGAGGAGACGACUCCUUCAACACCUUCUUCAGUGAAACUGGAGCUGGAAAACACGUGCCGAGAGCCGUCUUUGUGGACCUGGAGCCCACCGUCAUCGAUGAGGUGCGGUCGGGGACCUACCGUCAGCUGUUCCACCCCGAGCAGCUGAUCACUGGCAAGGAGGAUGCUGCCAACAACUACGCCCGCGGACACUACACCAUCGGGAAAGAAAUCAUAGACCUGGUUCUGGACCGGAUCCGGAAACUGGCGGACCAGUGCACCGGCCUGCAGGGCUUCCUGGUGUUCCACAGCUUCGGCGGGGGCACCGGCUCUGGUUUCACCUCCCUGCUGAUGGAGCGUCUGUCCGUGGACUACGGCAAGAAGUCCAAGCUGGAGUUCUCCAUCUACCCGGCCCCCCAGGUGUCCACGGCGGUGGUGGAGCCGUACAACGCCGUCCUGACCACCCACACCACCCUGGAGCACUCCGACUGCUCCUUCAUGGUGGACAACGAGGCCAUCUACGACAUCUGCCGCAGGAACCUGGACAUCGAGCGUCCCACCUACACCAACCUGAACCGGCUCAUCAGUCAGAUCGUGUCCUCCAUCACCGCCUCCCUCCGCUUCGCCGGCGCCCUCAACGUGGAUCUGACGGAGUUCCAGACCAACCUGGUGCCGUAUCCCCGGAUCCACUUCCCUCUGGCCACCUACGCCCCCGUCAUCUCGGCGGAGAAGGCCUACCACGAGCAGCUGACCGUAGCUGAGAUCACCAACGCCUGCUUCGAGCCGGCCAACCAGAUGGUGAAGUGCGACCCUCGCCACGGCAAGUACAUGGCCUGCUGCCUGCUGUACCGCGGAGACGUGGUGCCCAAAGACGUCAACGCCGCCAUAGCAACCAUCAAAACCAAGCGCAGCAUCCAGUUCGUGGACUGGUGCCCCACCGGCUUCAAGGUGGGCAUCAACUACCAGCCCCCCACCGUGGUUCCCGGGGGAGACCUGGCCAAGGUGCAGAGGGCUUUGUGCAUGCUGAGCAACACCACCGCCAUCGCCGAGGCCUGGGCCCGCCUGGACCACAAGUUUGACCUGAUGUACGCCAAGCGGGCCUUCGUCCACUGGUACGUGGGGGAGGGGAUGGAGGAGGGGGAGUUCUCCGAGGCCCGGGAGGACAUGGCGGCUCUGGAGAAGGAUUACGAGGAGGUGGGAGUUGACAGCGUUGAUGAUGGAGGAGAGGAAGAGGCAGGGGAAUAUUAAGACGUAAGCGGCAGC